AUUAUCGUAUAUGGAGACAGCGAGGGUAAUUUCAUCAAAAUUAAAUACAUACGGAUAUGCAAUUAAAGAGGAAAAUAUUGUUAUAGGUCUGAUGAAACAAAAAUUAUCUCGAGUAAAUCAUUUUCUUGUCAGUGCCAAAUAAUACAGAGGGCCAAACAAUUCUUCAAAACAUCGUUUGAUUGUAAGUCGGGAUAUGAUGUAUUGAAAAUAUUUUCACGGACAUUCAUAGUAGCUAAUUCAAAUACACAAAUCCAGAGGAUAAGAUUCUUCAGUAAGCGGAUGGAAGACAGAGAGGGUUUGGAAGUGAUAGAUUUGUCUCGUCUGCGAGGUAACCAGUCCACUUUUCAGAAGAUCAUGGGAGACGUCAGCAAGAAGUCGGCAGCUCAGCAAGUUGUUAUCGGGGGUGCGACAGGAUGGGUUUCUGGAUAUUUGUUUAUAAAAGUUGGCAAAAUUGCGGCAAUCAGUUUGGGUACUACAUUAAUAUUAUUCAAGUUGGCACAACACCAAGGAUACAUCAAUAUAAACUGGAGGCGUGUCAACCAACACAUGGACGAGGCAAGGCGGACAUUGGAACGUGAAGCUGUGAGGCAGUACCCACAAAUGAUGGAUAAGGCAAAAAAGUUUGUUCAAGAAAACAUGUUCUUGGCGACAAGUUUUGCUGGUGGAUUUUUUAUAGGACUGGCAUUUUGAUUCCUGUUACCAAAAUCUGUUUAUAUGCAAUGUGUGUGUGUUUAUAAUUUAGAAAACAGAUUUGAGGUUUUGACAGAGUGCAAUCCUUUAUUUUCGUAUCUCUUUGUAACAAAGAACAUAAUCAUAACAAUAUAUGAAGUAUUCUUCAAGGAAAGAGCAACACUUUAUUAAUAAGAGAAAUUAUGGGUUGUUUUGCCUAGAUUUAACCUGAAGGCCUUGAAAGUAUAAAAUUGUAAAAUUUAGACUCAUGAAUAAACAUAAAUUUGUAUCAUGUCAUGUGUUAAUAAGAAUUGUAUCAUUACAAAUUUUAAACAGGUUUUUGAUUGAAUGUGUUGUGUUUAGGUUACCUGAUAAUUGUCAUGAGUGCUCUUUUACAUUGCUUGCCUGUGAUUAUAAGAAACUUGUAUAGCAUUUGUUUUGAUCUGAGAUUGUUAGAUGUUUUAUUGAAAUUGUUGGGAUUAUGGAAGCGCAUCUAAAAUUGUGCAAUUCAGUAUUUUUAUGCCCCCCUUCGAAGAAGAGGGGGUAUAUUGCUUUGCUCAUGUCGGUCGGUCUGUCGGUAUGUUGGUCUGUCGGUCGGUCCGUCCACCAGGUGGUUGUCAGACGAUAACUCAAGAACGCUUGGGCCUAGGAUCAUUAAACUUCAUAGGUACAUUGAUCAUGACUUGCAGAUGACCCCUAUUGAUUUUGAGGUCACUAGGUCAAAGGUCAAGGUCAUGGUGACCCGAAAUAGUAAAAUGGUUUUUGAAUGAUAACUCAAGAACGCAUAAGCCUAGGAUCAUGAAACUUCAUGGGUAGAUUGAUCAUGACUCGCAGAUGACCCCUAUUGAUUUUGAGGUCACUAGGUCAAAGGUCAAGGUCACGGUGACCCGAAAUAGUAAAAUGGUUUCCGGAUGAUAACUCAAGAAUGCAUACGCCUAGGAUCAUGAAACUUCAUGGGUAGAUUGAUCAUGACUCGCAGAUGACCCCUAUUGAUUUUGAGGUCACUAGGUCAAAGGUCAAGGUCAAGAUGACCUGAAAUAGUAAAAUGGUUUUCGGAUGAUAACUCAAGAACGCAUAUGCCUAGGAUCAUGAAACUUCACAGGUAGAUUGAUCGUGACUCACAGAUGACCCCUAUUGAUUUUCAGGUCACUAGGUCAAAGGUCAAGGUCACAGGGACAAAAAACGUAUUCACACAAUGGCUGCCACUACAACGGACAGCCCAUAUGGGGGGCAUGCAUGUUUUACAAACAGCCCUUGUUUUAAAUACAUGUUUAUUUAAAUGAGGAUAUUAGAUUAUUUAAUUGUGUAUAAUGGCCUCAUAUGGCUCUAAAUUAAAUUAGACUUGAUUUGGCAAAAUUCCAGUCAAAGGGACUUGUUCACAGAUUGUCGUAUUUGUAGAAUGAUAUGAAAUGAAUUUAUUAACCAAGCUGUAAUAUUUGCAAUAGUUUUAAAUUCUUUUAAUAAAAAAAGAAAAAGAUAAGGUUAAUAUAAUGUGCCUACCAUGGGGAUCGAACCUGGGACCUCUAAAGCCAAAAAGCUACCAAUACACCUAACAGGUAGUUUUAAAUGUGUACGGUAAUGCAUCUUUUUGCACAAUCAUAGAUGAAAAGCAAUAUAAACGCUUUAUUAUUUUCUGAUUUCAAUUGAUGAAAUGGUAAUACAUGUACGUUUUAAACAUUUAUUUGAUCAGGAGUAUUAUUUUCUGAAUUUGAAUAUACAUUGUUUUGUUAAAUCAAUGAAGUUAUGAAAAUUAUCAUUUUGCCAAACGUUGAACAACUCCCAUUAAUUUGGCUAUUUCACAUGUAUUUUUUCAAUAAAAAAUGUUGCCAGGUAGGGUCAAUUUGUAGCCAAUGGCUUUUUGGACAACAGCAGACUAAGGCCUGGCUAUAUCUCUCAUAUUAUCUGUAAAAUCAUUGUGAUAAAAACAAAGUUCCAUGCUUAAAUCAGUAUUUGACAUGGUUAUGAUAUUUCAAGCAGUUAUUACGAGAAAUGUUUUCCCAAACAUGUUUUAUAUUAGAAACAACAAAUACAUUGUUAGAGUUUUAUUCAAUCAAUCUUUGCCUAAAAGAUCUUGAUUUCAUUAUUGCAGCUUUAGUUUUCAACUGUCUUAUUUUUAUCUCUUAUAAAUUUACAUCUAAAGAAUUUACCAUGCAGCAAAUGGUUUUAGAUGUGUGUUUUUUUGCAUGCAUUACAAUUUACAAAUGUAUGUGUUCUGAACUGGGACCUUUCAAGAUAUAUUUGUUUGUAUAGUUCCCUGUUCUGAAACAAUAAACAGAAAUAAUCAGUAACAUGAAAAAAUUUGAUUUUCGUAACAUUCAAGUUGACUGAUAAUCUGUUUUUAGCUCGCCUGUCACGAUGUGACAUGGUGAGCUUAUGUGAUCGUGUGAUGUUCGGUGUGCGUCGUGCGUGUGUCCGUCAACAAUUUGUUUGUGUAGACGGUAGAAGUCACAGUUUUCAUCCAAUCUUUAUGAAAUUUGGUCAGAAUGUAUAUCUUGAUGAAAUCUGGGUUUGGAUUGUAUUUGGGUCAUCUGGGGUCAAAAACUAGGUCACUAAGUCAAAUAAUAGAAAAACCUUGGGUAGACAAUAGAGGUAACAGUUUUCAUCAAAUCUUUAUGAAAUUUGGUCAGAAUGUUUAUCUUUAUGAAAUCUGGGUUGGGAUUGUAUUUGGGUCAUCUGGGGUCAAAGUCUAGGUCACUAGGUCAAAUAAUAGAAAAACCUUGUGUAGACAAUAGAGGUCACAGUUUUCAUCCAAUCUUUAUGAAGUUUAGUCAGAAUGUUUACCUUGAUGACAUCUGGGAUGGGAUUGUAUUUGGGUCAUCUGGGGUCAAAAACUAGGUCACUAGGUCAAAUAAUAGAAAAACCUUGUGUAGACAAUAGAGGUCAUAGUUUUUAUCCAAUCUUUAUGAAAUUUGGUCAGAAUGUUUAUCUUGAUAAAAUCUGGAUUGGGAUUGUAUUCGGGUAAUCUUGGGUCAGAAACUAGGUCACUAGGUUAAAUCAUAGAAAAACCUUGUGUAGACAAUAGGUGUCACAGUUUCCAUCAGGUCUUUAUGAAACAGUGUCAGAAUGUUUAUCUUGAUUAAAUCUGGAUUUGGAUUGUAUUUGGGUCAUCUGGGGUCAGAAACUAGGUCACAUCAUAGAAAAACCUUGUGUAGACAAUAGAGGUCAUAGUUUUCAUCUGAUCUUAAUGAAAUAUGGUCAGAAUGUUUAUCUUGAUAAUAUCUUAUGUUGGAUCGUAUAUGGGUCAUCUGGGGUCAAAAUUAGGUCACCGGGCCAAUUCUAGUAAAACCUUGUAUAGAUGAAAAAGGUCACAGUUUUCAUCAUGUCUUUAUGAAAUUUUAUUUGGCCCAUUUCUACUUCAUGAUAUAGCUAGCCAUAGUCUGAUAGAAUUUAAGUUGAUGUAGCAAAGUUAGUCAGGUGAGCGAUUCAGGGCCAUCAUGGCCCUCUUGUUUGUAUAUGUUUUCUUUUGAAUAAAUGGGGAAUUAAUUUUUUAGAAUGAACUAAAAUAACUACAUGUAUUUAUAUACUAACAUUUAAAGGUACUAAAACAUUGUUUAUUUUUGUUUGUGACCAACAACUACCAAUGCCAAUAAUGCAUGUGAGUUACAAAACUCUUUUUUUCGGAUGAGUCGCCCCGUAUAUAAUUAUUUUAAACCAUGCAUGUAGCAAUGACUGCAGGGGUUUGGGUGGGGAAAUAAAAAUAUCUAAUAAUUUUACUUUACUGGGAUGGUUUUUUGUGUAUUGUGUGAUUACGAAUUUUACAUGCAUUCAUUUGUGCUGGUACACUUAAAUAAAUAUUUCUCAUAAA